AGCUCGGUUGACUCCACGGAAACUCCCUACCGUUAUGCCGGUUACGCCACUCGUCUUCGCACGAUUCUGCUCUCCGCCCACCGCUAUGUCGCCUACACCUCAGACAUCGGCGAGUCCUUCCGCCCCGUCGCGCACCCGUGGCUCGUGCGCUCCGCCUACGGUAUCUCCUGGACGUACUUGAUCGGCGACGUCGCGCAUGAAGGGUACAAGGCCUACCUGCGCAACCGCAGCCUGCUCGCCCCCCCAUGUGAGGCCUACAAGGAUGCCAGCGAUCUUUCUCAUGGACAAGUCGCCAAGGGCAUGGUUACCGGCAACCUGACCGGAUCUCUCGCCUCGGCAUCGCCCGAUACGCUCACGCCCUGGCCCACCACCGAAAUCCCCCUCGUCGAGGACUAUCGCAUGGUCAUGGCCAAGCGCGCCGUUUUCCAAAGUAUCGCCAGUAUGGGUCUUCCGGCCCUCACUAUCCAUUCCGUUGUCAAAUACUCGGGCCGGAUGUUCAAGAAUGCCUCGAACACAUUCCUCCGCACCUGGUCUCCCAUCGGACUUGGUCUCGCCGUCGUCCCCUUCCUCCCGUAUCUCUUCGACGAGCCCGUCGAAGAAGCCGUCGAGUGGGCCUUUAGCCGCGGGCUCUGGCUCUACGGCGGCGAUGAAGCCGUGCGGCCCCUCCCUCCGCCCAAGGCCGCCCACGUCUCGCAAGACGAAGCCACCUCUCUCAGCCACUACCUCCGCGUGCAGACGGAAAAGCACAACAAAGAGUCGCUGGGCUCCGACGCCAGCGUCUCCGACUCGGCCGCCAACCUCUCCUGGGAGGCAUUCAAGGAGGAGCGCCAACGAGCGAAGGAGCAGCGCCAGCGUGAGCGCGAGCAGCACGGCCACACGGGUCCCCUCUCUUUUCUGAAGGGAUUCACCAAGGAAAAGACGGAGUAACGCUCCCGAUUCGUCAUGAUAUUGCUAUAUUGCUUCCUUGAUACCAGAUUCCACUAUGCAUCUCCUGGACC